AGUUCAAUCUUAUCGUGCGGCCCGCUCACAUCUCCUGGAUGCAUACCAGUUACCGAUCUAAUAACGGUAUCAUCGGCCCGCUGUUCAAAUUUCCAGCGUGAAAAGUGCGUGAAAGUGCCGACAUCCCACGGCGGAUAUUCAAAAUUCCCCUUAGUUCGAGAAACUCGAUCGUUCCGAACGAUCUUUGAACGUCUUUGUUCGUUUGAAAAGAAUCUUCAAACCUGACACGCUGUUUAUUAAUCUCUAACAGCGGUAACGUAACAGAGGCUAAUUUAAGCAACCGAGUUAAAUAUUUAGACGGAUAUGAAGAAGAAGAUAAAUUACGAUAAUCGAACUUCGUUUGAAAAGAAUCUUCAAACGCGAUACGUUGUCCAUUGAUUUUUGAAAACAGCGAUGAGACGGACGUUUACUUAAGAAAUAUUUACAAGAAUAAUCGAACUGAAGAGAUUUACAAAAAAAUUAUAUAAUCUGACUUAAAAAAAGAAAAAGGAGAAAAGAUGAGGCAGAGAUUUAUUUAAGGAACUGAAUAGGCAACAGGCAGGAGGAAAGAAACUGCAAUAAUCCAGAUCUGUAUCAUUAAGUUCUGAAAAGAUUCAAACAGCCUGAGGAUCUCCUUUUAAAGAUCAACCAACAACAACAAGUCGAUGCAUUUCCUCAAUCAGUUCGGCUCGAUAUCGUUAGAAUUCGAUCGAGAAAUAUUUAUCGACUGUAUCAGAUAACCAGAACGUUGCAGCGUAUCGUGAAACUCGAUCAAAUAACUAGAAUCAGUCAUCAGAGUCAGCAGUGUCUGUAUAGAAGUUGUUCCAAGUUUCUCGGGGAUAUUUCCAAAUAUUCGCAGAGAGAGAGAGACAAAGGCAAAAUCGAAUUUCUCGGAGCAUCUUCGACUAACAAACUCGUACUAACAGAUUCGAGUAGCUAGAGUUUCGAAGACUUUUUUCUUUUUCAUCUCGUCAACGUUCGGCAAAGGGAAGAAAAAUGGACUCGAUAUCGAUCAGCGUGCAAGGAACAGUCAAGUGGAUCCAUCAGCUAUAAUUAAACGUCAAUCCUAUCGUCGUUGGACAGAGACACCGUCCGAUCGAUUGAUAUUCGAUUCGAGAGGCUUGUUCAAUGAAUGGAAAAAUGUUGAUGUCGCCUGGUAUGAGUUUAGUGGUGGCUGGUGUUGCUUCUGGUAUUUGUUUUCUGAUCUACAGUGGUGUCCUUAGGGGGAAGCCUGGAGACUCGAAGGAGGACGAAAAACAAAUUCCCGUGAGCGAGAAUCGUUGCACCUGCUGUCUAAAGCCAUUUUUCCUGGGACGUGGAGUCCGCUGUGAGGAUUGCGGUGGAAAAUCCUGCAGGAAAGGCUGCUCCCGUUGGGACCCGUCAGAUAACGCUUGGCAUUGUCUCUUUUGCCGUCAACAAAGGUACUGGUUGAAAAAAAACGGAAUCGAGGCAUUCGGUGGGCCGAUCGACGAGAAAGAUUUACAUCGAUACUUCAAUACGGCAAAAUCACAAGUUUACGUGGCAGGAGUGGAAAAUGCAGCUACCAGUUCGGGACAGGGUUUGGCCACGAAGCAAGAAGAUGCGAACACGAUGGAAACGGUUCGAGAUUUCGUUGAGAAGAUAGUGGUGAGAUUGAUGGGUAACUUGAACGACACCCCGAUCCAUCGAUUAUACGAUCAUCCAGCAUAUGACAAGCUUAUGGAAAGACAUAUAACACCCUUGGUAGACGCGCUCUCACGUUUGGCCAUGGCCCUGCGAUUGUCCUUAGAAAACAAACCAAACACGGAUUCGCCAACGAUGGCGCACACGGCGCUGCGCGAGAUCGUGGAGCGUGCCGUGGAAGAAGCGAGGAAGUUGCCGGGCCUCGGUGGUUCCGGUGUGUCCGGAAGUGUUCCAGAGGCACGGAACGUCGUGGAGGACAGUUACGAGGAUAUACUCGCCACCGCGAUACUCAACAAGGUCAUCGAGAAAUUCCAAAAGGAACAGGUGGACGGCAAUAGCAACGUUCUCCCAGGAAAACCAGUGUCCGCUAAGUGUGCGUUAAGCGAAAAUGAGGCAGGUCUCGACGAAGGUGUAGAAGAAGGCUGUAGCAGCCUGGAACCACUGUCUCAGGAUGAUUGUAGCAGUGACUGCAGUGCGUCUUGCUCGAGACGCGUUAGAAACCAACCGGAGCCAUUAUCUCUCACGAUAGAGGAAAGAAUUGAGGAAGUGACGACAACUUAUGCGUCCGACGAGGAUCAUAGGGAACACGACGUCUUGCCCAUUAAAAACGCCCAUCGAGUUCCGUUUCCUGAACUUGGAAUGGACAUUAUCGAUCCUUGUCAAGAAUCGGAGGACAGUCAAGACGAUCCAGAUACGACGACCACGCACAUAGGUUUAGUUUCUCCGAUCGAAUCGUGGGAAGAGAAUUGGCUGUUCCAAAAGAAGAGAGUUCAAAGCCAGGCUGACCCUGUGGCCAUGUUGGUGCCUAAUCCUAGCGCCGAUUUCAAGGCUUUAAUCGGUGACAAGGACGCGGAAGACACAUCCGAUUUGUCCGAGUGUUCAUCGGCACAGUCAGACGAAGAGAUAGAAAAAGAAUUAAUGGAAGCCAUAAGCAGUGUCGUGCCACGAUCUCCGAAGAAAAAGGAGUUCGAGAAUGGUCUGGACUACUUGAAUUCGUCAGACGACUUUUCGUUGAAGGUGGAUGAUACGAAUUCAUUUUCCAAUGGCGGAUACGUAUACGUAUCUGACGAGGAAAAGACUGACUGUAGACGCGUGAAAGACCAAAGGAAAGCAGAGAAACAGAGGGAAAAAGAAGAAGAUUAUAAACAAAGUGUAAAGGGAAACGAAGAAGUGAAAGCCAAAGAGAUUAAGGAGAAGGAAGUGAAAAGAAAAUUGGAGAGAGUCGAAACUGAGGAUGAGAAACCUGUUUCAGAAUCAAUAAAUGUAAUUAGCAACGGCUUGAAGAAGGUAGGAAUGGAGCGACAGAAAACGAACGAGGUAUCCGAAGAGGAUAAAAUAAGAAAUUUAAUCAACGGGGACGAUUUCAUUAAAGUAGAUCGAUCGGCGAAGAAAAGUGAAUCGGAUAAUCUAUCGAAUUCUGUUAAUUCGAAGCCUUUGACGGUUAUUCUGCCCGAUGAAAGCGAGCUAAACGUGCCAAAGACACCGACACCCACGCCGACGAGGAUUUCCAUGGAAAUUAGUCUGGGAAAUCCUCACAGCGAGAAAACGUACAUCUCGCAGGAGAAGAUCGUUCUGAAUUCCUUGGAAUGCGCGAAGAAAAAACUGAUGGCCGUCAAUGACGACAGUGUGGAAGCAUUCGAAGACGAGGAAACGAUGUUUGCUCAGCAAAAAGUCGACUUUCAUGCCGAAGAUAUUCAACAGGAAAGCGAAUACACCGAACAUUACGAUAUCGCGACUCAGAGACAUUUGGAUAGCUUGACGAAGUCCGAAUCAUUCGAGUCUUCGCCAUUAACGAAUGCCUCGAUAGAGGAUGACGAAAGUAAGUGCCGACAGGCUGUGGCGUUUGCCAAAGCCGAAUCGGCUUCGCAUCUGUCCCUGCAGAACAAGGAUGCGGAGGAAGAGGGUCGGCUAGGUACUCCUCCGAGACCAGGUACAAUUGCUGAACGCGAGCACAAGAAGUGGGAAAAUGCACCACCUAUCGAGAACAACCCCUAUAGCCAGGAAAACAUUCAAAAGAGGCUUUUGGAGAGGCAGUACUCUAGAAGAUCGUCAGACAUCCCUGGAAUUCACACCGAAUUGCCAAAGAGCAACGGUGCGGAUAUGGAUGUCGUGCUGGCGCCCCAUGAACCGGAUAUCAAAAGGUUCGGCAGGGACUAUUACAUCAACGAUUCAAGAGCGUCGGGUAACGAGAAAGGGAGAAGAUCGACGGCGUCGACCUCGAGCAGACCGAGCAGCUCGUUGUCUCAACGAUCAAGUUCCAACGGAAUGGCGGACCAGGAUCAACAGGAGGAAAUACAAUACAGAGAAACGGAGACGAUCCUGAAUCGAAGCAACGACGUGAAAUCCAAGGUGGCGAAAUGGCAGAAUAACAACGUGGAGGGCAAAUAUCAACAACCUGUUCGACAAAAUGACUCUUCAGACGAGGCGGAGAGAGACAAAGACAGGUUCUCGAAAAUCGAGUCGCAGAUGUCGUGGGAAGACCAACGAAUGGAAGAAAUUCUGGAAAACGAGAGGAAAAAUAGCAAGAAUGAAAUCAACGCGAAACUGAAUAAUCAGGAAAAUUAUGAGAACGCCGUUAUAGAAACGAAAAAGUCCAACUCCGAUGAAAAUCCACGCAAGAUCAAGAGGAUCGACUUGAAGGCUUAUGGAUUCGAAAAUGAAUUCUCUAAUAAAACGGCUAAAACUUCCACGCCUAGAGUGGUCAAUAAAUUGGAUCUUAAGUCUUUUGGUUACGAUAAUGGAAUUCGACGAACACAAUCGACGAUUCAAUUGAAUAGCAUAGGUAAUGACGAAUUCAAGCCAAGGUUAACCAGAACGUCGAACAAAUCGAACUUAACACGGAGAAACGAUUAUGAGAAUGACCGUGGCGAUGUGAUCGAAAGCAACCGUGCUUCUGGCGAUAACAACUUGACACAGAGCACGGAAACCUUGAACAAGUAUGAGAACGAGAGUUACAACGAUUUUGGAUUAAAGUCAGCGAAAUCGGUGCCGAACAUCGCCAAAUUCUAUUCGAAUCCGAAUAGCCAAGAAGAUGAGGAGGUAGAAAGCUAUAAUCAGAAUUCGUACAACGAAUUUGGAAUGGUUAAAAAAGGAUCGGUGAGAAACAUCGCGAAUAAUUAUAGUUUGGAGAAGUAUAACAUUAAGAGUAACGAUUCUUCGGUCGACGAUUCGGAAAAUGAAACGGAUAAUUCCUUUGAGAGGGAACAGAGUCACCAAUCGAUGAAUGACCUCAAGAAGAAAAGUCUGAGCGAAGAGGAAUUUGAUAAUAAGGUGCUGCCGAUGCCAUCGGUCAGGAGGCUCGCUGAAGCGUUUAGCAAACAGACCGAACCCGUUCCUGGACCUAUUUCGAAGAUAACUAAAUCGAGCAACGCGAAUAAGGAGAGAUCGUCAACACCAGAGAUCCAAAUAGUUGAAACGCCAAGACAGAUGCACAGUCUGACUGCCAGAUCGCUUUCGAAACAAUUUCGAGAAGGCCUGAGGCAAAUUCCGAACAAAGUGACUUCACCUCCGGCUAGUCACGUCGUUAUGGAGCAACCUAAUAUAACGGAAAGCCAAACGGAAGUAGUGCAAGGGAAGAGCGACGUGUCCAACGACACGAACGUAAUUCUACCUGGAAAAUUAAAGUCGAAUAUAAUAUUUUGGGAACAGAUGCAGAGAAAGAGUUAAAGCAAGUUUAUGUAAAAUUGGGCCCGAAGUCUUAAAAAGGAAACCGAAAGAGAAGUUGAAUGUUCACUUAGGGAUCAAAUUAAAUUAACAUAUUACAUGCAAAGCGUCUAGAUAAAGGAUGUAAAAAAUCCAGAUAACUUGGUCUUCUUUUUUAUAGAGUGCGAUAGAAAUUAUUUCCGAGAAACAGAAUUUUAUCGAGAAGCUAGAAGAAGUAGAACAAGUUAGCAUCCUUGCUCAACGUAAGAAUGUUUCAACGCCGUUCAACGAAAGAGUCGAUUAAUUGUAUGAAACAAUACAGGCUCAACGAUCGAUCGAUUUACAAGAGCAAUUGCAUUCGCGACAGGAAAUGUCGAUGUGAUUGUGUGUGCCAAAUGAUAUGAACCCGUGAUUAGCCAAAGAAAAUAUUUUUUGCGUGGUCCUUUCGAAAUAUACGAGCAAUUUGAACGUAACUUUCUAAAUAGCAAACAUUUUGGAAACUACGAAACGACCAGCUAAAUUUUACGCGUUCGUAAUAUUCUACGAUCAAUUUGUAAAUACACGUCGCCGGAACAUAGUCGAACUGUCGAAAUUGUUUUCUGUAUAUAAGAAGGAACUCUUAAUCAUAGUCACAAAGUUUUAUAUAUAAAUCUACCAUAUAGUGUUCCCAUAUACGACAUUACUAUUUAUUAUUUAUUAACGUCUAAAUAUGUAUCUGUGUAUAUACGAAUUAUGAAAAUCGGUGGGCAACGAAAGUACUUCAAUAAAAAUAUCAAAAUUUGUAUGGA